GUCUUAGGGGGCAAUAUGGCGGCGGUGCAGGUUGCUGGCUCCCUGCUGUGCAGGCCGACGAGAGAGGCGCCGCGGGAGCCACCCCCUGAACCUGGGAAUGGGUUCCGCCGUCUGUCGGCUAGGCUUCGCGCCCUGCGUCCGGACGACAGCAGCUUCGCCCGCACCGAGAUUCACCUGCUCUUCGACCAGCUCAUCUCCGAGAACUACAGCGAGAGCGACGGCGUAGCCCCGGAGGAUGUCAACGCUCUUCUCGUCCAGGCUUGCCGACUGGUGCCUCUUAGUCAGAAUCAUCUUGUCAGCAAAGUGUCUCAACUUAUUCACCAUUUACUUAACAGACUACAGGUAAUCAUCUAUGUAAUUUUAGAAUCCCUGGCUCUCCAUUCAGGGGUUAUUCCAGCUCAGUUAGUCUGGAUUACUGCUAUUUUAAAUUCUUACUCCUUUGCAAGCCUAUUUCAAAGGAGACUGAGUUUGAGUUGUUUAUCCCGUGUGUAUUUUAGUGUGCCAGGACAACCAUACUUGGAUGAGCCCUACCAAAGCAUCUGCUUCCAAACUUUCUUGACCACUUUACAGUCUCCAAAAUUGUCUGACAUGGAUGAUAUCACAUUUUGCAUGUUGUUACAAAAUGCAUUAAAAGGUAUACAGUCACUUCUAAAUAGUGGGAAGAUGAAGUUGACACUGACUGAAGAACUUGGAGCUCUUCUCGCUGUGCUAAAGAAUAAAAAGAAAAAAGCAAAAGUAAAACCAAAGAAAGUCCAUCAAGGAGAGGAGGAGGAAGAAGAAUCCAGUGGUGAAAUAGAAGCAGCACCAGCCACGGGCCGAGUGCACCUGCGUAAAGGGAACACUCAGUGUCCCUCCUCCCCGGGUGUCAAGAGUUUGCCAUUAGAUGGAAGUGGAGCUGCAGGAAAAGAUCGCGUCUCCUUACCCUUCGGUUCUGCCAGCUGGAAAAGAGUCAGCAGUAGUGAAUCAGACUAUUCUGAUGCUGAAGGAGGCAUGCAGAGUAAAAUGAGUUAUGGCUACUGGUCUGCCUUUGUUCCCGAUACACCUGAACUCGGAAGCCCACAGUCUGUGUCCUUGAUGACUCUUACAUUAAAGGAUCCUUCUCCAAAGACACGUGCCUGUGCUCUGCAAGUUUUAUCUGCCAUCUUGGAAGGUUCAAAGCAGUUUCUUUCUGUUGCUGAAGAUACCAGUGACCACAGAAGGGCUUUUACUCCGUUCUCCGUAAUGAUCGCUUCCAGCGUUAGAGAGUUACACAGAAGUCUUUUGUUAGCUUUGGUGGCAGAGUCAUCAUCACAAACCCUUACUCAGAUCAUUAAGGUAAAUGUGUCAAGUUAUCUGCGUUCCAAAGGAGUCUUGCGCACUGCUCAGAAGCACUCAACUCAGAGAACAGGAACAGCUUCGUGGACCUCGCAGGCCUACAAUGCCUUAACGUCGGUUGUGACAUCAUGCAAGAACUUCAAAGUGCGCAUCACAUCUGCCACUGCCCUUUCCAUCCCAGGCAAGCGAGGGCAGUAUGGGUCCACUGAGCAGUACACUCGGAUUUGGAACGCACUGGUCACAGCCUUCCAAAAGAGCGAAGACACCACAGACUUUUUGGAAUUCAAGUAUUGUGCCAGCCUC